AUGUCCCUCGACUCUGUCCUCCUCAUUGGCGGUGCCGGUUUUCUCGGUCUCCACUUGAUCCAGCAGUUCUGGGAGGUCUCGCCGAGACCCCAAAUUCACGUGUUUGACGUCCGCCCGUUGCCAGAGACGCUCGCCACGUACUUCACCUUUGACCGCGAUGCGAUCGUGUUCCACCAGGGCGACCUUACAUCUGAGACUGACGUCAAGGAGGCCAUUCGUACGCUGGGCGUGAGCGUCAUCGUCCACUCUGCAUCACCGAUGCACGGGUUGGCGCAGGAGGUCUACGAGAAGGUCAACAUCCACGGGACAAGAAACCUCCUCAAGUGUGCGAAGGCGAUGAAGGUCAAAGCGGUGGUCUAUACCUCUUCCGCCGGUGUCAUUUUCAACGGUCAGGACAUCCACAACGCAGACGAGUCGUGGCCUAUCCCUGCGGUGGCCAUGGACGGGUACAACGAAACCAAGGCCAUUGCCGAAGAGAUGGUCUUGAAGGCAAACUCUUUCGAGGAUGAUUUCUUGACCGUCGCCUUGAGACCAGCGGGUAUCUUUGGUCCGGGUGACAGACAAUUGGUGCCGGGGUUGAGAGCCGUGGCGAGGCUCGGCCAGAGCAAGUUCCAGAUCGGGGACAACAACAACUUGUUCGACUGGACCUACGCCGGGAACGUCGCGGAUGCGCACGUUUUGGCGGCUCAGAAGUUGUUGCAGCCAGACUUAGUCUCCCAGAUUGGCGGUGAAGCGUUUUUCGUCACCAACGAUGCGCCAACCUACUUCUGGACCCUCGCGCGUACCGUCUGGAAGGCCGACGGGCAUAUCCAGAAGCGUAAUAUCGUGUUAAACCGUCCUGUGGCCAUUGUUGCGGGCCAUUUAUCCGUCUUUUUCUCCAAGCUUUUGGGAAAGGAGCCGGGCUUGACCCCGUUCAGAGUCAAGAUAGUGUGUGCGUCCAGAUACCACAACAUUGCCAAGGCAAAGCGCGUGCUCGGGUACACUCCAAACGUGGGCUUGCAGGAGGGGAUCCAGUUUACUCUCGACUGGAUGAAUGAAACGGAGCAGUAG